AUGGAUGAAGUCGGCGAGGACGAGAGUGGAGUCGAGUAUGAACAGGACGAACAGAGUGAAGAAGACAUGGCCGCAGAACAGGUGGAACGGGAAGUACAACAGGCUCGAGCGCAGGUGGAACCAGCGAGAGGAGGCGCUAACCCGGGGGAACUCGCAGAAGCAGAGGGUCGUGCAAAUCCGGAAGAGGAUCCAGUCAGAGAACGGGAGAGACGGCGCCAACGACUCAGAGCGGAACUACGAAGCGCCCAACAGGAACGGGAUGAUCUUUGUCACAUGCUACAACAACUGGAGAGACAUCCCUCAUGCCCGGCACGCCGGUACAGCCAUGCGGACGUACGACAUUCCGAGCAAGGAAUCAUAUGUUGCGUGUUCUGCAACGCAGUCCAACAGCACUAUAGCGACUCUUGCUUAGCAAUGAUGGACGCGGAGACAAGGAGACAAUAUCUAAUUGAACGCGGAAGAUGUCUGAAGUGUCUCAGAGAGAACUGCAGAGGGGGUGUAGAUUGUCCAAGAAGAAACGCGUCAUGUUUUUACUGCCACGAGUAUUCCCACGACGCCGCAGUAUGCCCCAUGCCUGAUCAGACAAGAGACGUUCGGUACCGGAUGGAAGAACUAAACCUUGGUCUAGAGGAGGCCAUGAACAAAGUCAAGCGACGCCGACGAAGACUGGAACGAUUCGACGCAGAGCAAAGGAUCUAG